GCUGCGACCGCUCGGCUCUCUAAUGCUUCUGCCUGUCGGUUGCUAGGAGUCCGGGACGCGCUGCCCGCGAAGCCGCCGCGCCGCAGGCCCGGGCCCGGCCGCUGGAGAGGUGCGGGCUAGGGGCCGGUCGUCUGCUCCUGGGGUGGAUAUUGCGGCCGCCUGGGCCUGUGAGGCGCGAUGGAGCCUGGGAAGAGAAGAACCAAAGAGGACACAUGGAAAUCAGAUGACCUCAGAAAACACCUUUGGGCUGCACAGUCAGGAAGUCUCAAGGAAGAUAAGAAACGCAGGGAGAAGAAGCUGUACCAGGAGGCUGAGGUGGACCUCCUGGAAUACAAGGAUCCCAGGUCCAGGGCUCCAGAUAGAGAGACCAAGCACAGGGAGAGGACGGCUGAUGUCCACACCGCCAAAGAUAGUCCUCUUCGGGAGAGAGAGAGAGAAAAGCAAAGAGAGAGAAAAAAAGAUGCUAAAGACCGGGAGAGAGACAAAUUGAAAGAGAAACACCGAGAACAAGAUGCAGAAAAGUCUCACAGUAAAGGAAAGGACAGAGAAAAAGAGAGAGAGAGGAAGGCCCGGAGAGAAGAGCUGUGGCAGACACCGGCUCACCACAACCUGCUAGGCCGGGAGGUGCGGGGCCGGCAGCUGCUGGAGCGGGCGGAGCAGCGGAUCCGCUCAGUAAGUAAAGUAAGAAAUGAAGAUAAAGAAAGGAGAGAUGAAGACUGUGAAAGAGGAGACGAAGACAGAGAGAGAAGGUACCGAGAGAGGAAGCUGCAAUAUGGGAGCAGUAAAGAAAACCCUCUCAAGUACUGGCUGUAUAAAGAAGAAGGUGAGAGAAGACACAGGAAGCCACGAGAGCCAGAUCGAGAAAAGAAACAUCGAGAAAAAAGCAGCACCAGGGAAAAAAGGGAGAAAUAUUCCAAAGAAAAAAGUAGUUCUUUCUCUGACAAAGAAGGGGAAGAAAGGCACCGGGAGAAGCGGUCCAAGGAGGGCUUCCCUGUGGGCGACGAGUGGCUGCGCAGCAACGGAGGCAGAAGAGAGAGAGUGAAAGACGAGCACAGGAAAAGGGAUUCCAAGAAUGGUGAACACAGGAGUCGUGGGACAAGUUCAAGGAGAGAUGGAACCAGCAGCCAGCAUGCAGAGAAUUUAGUAAAGAAUGAUGGAAAGGAUAAAGAUUCAAGAAGGAAGUUAUCUGAAUCCCAAGACCUUGAGAUAAUCAUAUUUAACAAUUUGCACAGCCGUGAGGAAGGCUUGUCCGUGUGGAAGUUGGCUCAGAGGCAAGGAGAUGAGGAGACCAUGGAAAUUGAAAAGGAAGACAUUGAUCUAGAAAAUGCUGGAGCUAAUGAAUAUACAGCCAGUUAUGAAGAUGAUUUUGAAGACUAUGAGGAUGACUUUGAGGUUUGUGACGGUGAUGAGGACAGCAGUCCAGAGCCGGAGCUAGGAGGGAAACUGGAUGAACUUCUUCCAGCCCAAAAAAGGGAGAUAGAAGAAAUUCAAAAAGCCAUUAGUGCAGAAAAUGAAAGGAUUGGCGAGUUAUCUUCAAAACUGUUUCAGAAACAAGGUGGAACAGAAUGUGAGAGGGAAUCCAGGAAAGAUGCAAAUAAAUCCCCAUCAAAAGCCUCUGUUUGUGGAAUUUUUGUGGAUUUUGCAACAGCCUCACACCGUCAAAAGAGUCGGACUCAGGCCCUUAAGCAAAAGACACGAAGUACAAAACUGCUUCGGCUUAUUGACUUAGAUUUUUCGUUCACUUUCUCUCUCUUGGAUCUACCACCAGUAAAUGAAUAUGACAUGUACAUCAGAAACUUCGGGAAAAAAAACACCAAACAGGCAUAUGUUCAGUAUAAUGAAGAUAAUGUUGAAAGAGACAUUCAAACUGAAGAAAUAGAGACUAGGGAAGUGUGGACCCAGCAUCCAGGAGAGAGCAGUGUUGUCUCUGGAGGUAGUGAAAAAAGAGAUAUCUUUGAUGCUGCAGUUAUACCAAAGAUUGACACCCCGAGGUUAUCAAGCUUUCUCCGGGCAGCUUGUCAGGUGGUUGCUGUUUUGAUUGAAGAGGAUCGUUUGGCAGCUGAACCUAACUGGAAUGUCAGGGCUCAAGACAACACCUUUCUUAUCAGCGAUAGCUCGUCUCAAUUGAACACCAGCCUGCCGUUCCUUCAAAAUCGAGAAGUAUCCUGUUUGCACGUCUCUCGAGUUCAGAGGCAGACAGUGGUCUCUGCUCAUGGUUUACCUGAGAAGGCAUUUUCUUCCCAGCUGGAUCGCAGAUGCAUCCUCUGUGUGUGGGACAUUUGGCAGCCUUCAGGGCCCCAGAAGGUUCUGAUCUGUGAGUCCAAGGUACAGCUCAGGAGCAGAGUCGCUCGUAUGGUCACGUGUUGCUGCUUUAGCCCUUUUAAAGCAUUUUUACUGUUUGCUGGAACAGUGCACGGCUCAGUCGUCGUGUGGGAUUUAAGAGAAGACUCCAGGGUGCACCGUUAUGUGAGGCUGAGCGACUGCACCUGGACGUUCCGGACACCAACCUUCUCCACUGAUGGAAUCCUCACAUCAGUGAACCACCAGAGUCCUCUUCAAGCAGUAGAACCUGUCUCAGUGUCUGUCUGCAGAAAACAGAGCUUUGUGCUUUCACCUUUUUCUACUCAGGAAGAAACGACAGGUCUAUCAUUCCACAUCGCAUCUUUGGACGAGAGUGGGGUUCUCAACAUGUGGGUGGUUGUUGAAUUGCCAAAAGCAGACAUCGCAGGUUCAGUAAGCGAUUUAGGACUGCUACCUGGAGGCAGGGUCAAGUUGGUGCACAGUGCUGUGAUCCCACUCGGGGGCAGUUUUUCCCAUAAAGAGAAUGAAUUUUGGGGGACCACACAAACAAUGAGUGUUAAAUUUCUGCCUUCAGACCCUAAUCACUUUAUUGUUGGCACAGACACGGGUCUGAUCGGCCACGGCACGAGGCAGGGCGUGAGGGCGGCCCCCAGGGCCUUCAGGCCUCAGCAGUGCGGAGCGAGACCAGUCACGGUCAAUGCAAUGGACUUCUCACCAUUUGGAGAGCCAAUAUUUUUGGCUGGUUGCUCAGAUGGGAGUGUGCGGCUGCAUGGGCUGAGCUCUGAGCGCCCCCUCCUGCAGUGGGACAGCAGUACCAAUGGCCAUGCGGUCACCAGCCUGCAGUGGUCCCCGACGAGGCCUGCCGUGUUCCUGGUUCAGGAUGACAUGUCCAACAUCUAUGUCUGGGACCUCCUCGCCAGUGACCUGGGCCCUGUGGCCAUACAGCCCAUCUCCCCAGACAGGCUGGUGGCCAUGGCUGUCGGGGGAGAGGCGGACAAGGCCAGUGGCAGUGUGCUGGCCCUGGUGCUAGCCCGGGCCUCUGGUGCCAUUGAUGUCCAGCUCCUGAGGAGGCAGUGGGCAGCCCCGGAGGCAGACGAGUGUGGCAGGCUGCGUCUGCUUCUGCAGGAAGCCCUGUGGAAAGAAGGGACACCGUGCACGUGACAGGCUGCUGCUAGUGAAACUGCCCAGGUGUAAAGACAUAAUUACAGGCAGAUAAUUGUGCAUCUGUGUGCAUGUGCAUUUGUGCAUAUAGAAUAUGUAUAGUCUGUACAUAAUUUAUUUUAUAAGAAUUUUACUUUGGAAUUCCAAGUAAAUAAAUUGCUAUUUUUGAACAGAAACAAAUGAACAUUUUAGUGGAUACUACACAUCAAAGGAAAGUCUUGUCCAGAAUGCUCUUAGAGAGUAUUACUAGUUAUUUUUAGAACAGCUUUGGUAUAUUGCCACAUUUAUUACUAGAUUCUUAGUCACCAUGAAAGUGUAUAUUAAUGAACUAUUUUUUUAGUUAUACAUAAAGUGCUAUGUAUACACACGUCUAAAUUAAAAGGAAUUAUUUCAUUGAAAUGACCCCUGCCAACAGUGGUUUUCUUAAAACUUUCCUUGGGCAUCCUUUU